AUGGGGGAUCUUGCAAACCAUUGUAAAGGUUUGUCAAUUUCGGACACAGAAGGGCCAACUUUCAACCUUGAGGAGGAAUUGGCUACGCCAGAAUUCAUCAUUGCUGGUAAAUUCUAUACAAGAAGGGCUUUGAAUAUGGAAGCUAUAGCUUCGACUUUUAUGCCAUUGUGGAGAUCCAGGAAUGACUUCAAAGUCAAAAAUAUGGGCAACCACAUAGUCCUCUUCACAUUUGAUAACAAACAUGAAGUAGAAUCCAUUCUUUCAAAUGAACCUUGGAGCUUUGAUAAGCACCUUUUGGUGUUGCAACGUUACGACAAGGAUGAUCCAAUUGAAGAUUUAAAAUUUAACAGUACUACGUUUUGGGUGCAAGUACAUGACAUCCCAGUGCGGUUCAUGAACCCAAAGGUGGCGGAAGGGAUUUGUAGUACUGUGGGCACGGUUGUCCGGAAGUCUGAGACGGAGAUGAAUGGGGGAAGUUUUAUGAGGGUAAGAGUCAACGUGGAUAUCACUCGUCCACUAAGUUGA